UUAUUUGAUCAUAAAUACACGUUGCAAAGCAUUAAAUAAGCAGUCACGUAAUUGUGUUAUAAAUAUGGCGAAUACUAACGGGCAUAUUUAACCAAGUUACGUUUAACUUGUUUCAUAUAAACCUAUUUGUCUAAGGAUGUGUCAAUCGUUAUACAUCGACUAUUUCCGGAGUCCUCCGAAAGAUAAAUCGUCUUCUGCGGCUGUUCAAGCCUGUUGUAUGCGUUUUAACCUUAAGCACAUGUAUAGGUCCCAGAUACAAACGUAUGCAUUACACCCUUAAAGUGAAGUGGAUUAACGCUUAGAGAGUCAUUCAUGUUCGAAAUGUUCAAUUUCGUACUCAAUUAAUACAACUCACAAUUAAACUAUUAAAAGUAGUUUUUGUACGAGAGUACCAUUUAUACUUUUAAUAGUUUAAUUGUAUACGCCAAACGUGAAUACUUUAUCGCAUGUUCCAGACUUCUGUUAGUAAAUGCUUCAGUGGCGUAGCCAGAGACAUUUUUAGGCUGAGGCAGUUAAUCGACCCCUUGGAAAUGUGUGUUGCAUUGACAUUAAUUGACAAGCUCUGCGUUAAUUGCGUGUCUUCGUGUUGUCUAUGAUAUGACUUUAAGUUACUCUGCUUUCCUAGCGCGUCCCAAGUGCGUCCAAUUUUCACUUCCACUGUUGAACAGCUGCUGGAGUGUUAAGAUGUCAGCCAAAGAUGCCAAAACAGACCUGGAUGCGGGCGUGCUUAACAACUCGGAAUGGGUCAAGAGAUGGGGGGUUGGAGACACCGCCUUUCACCAAGGUGCCCAUGAUCCCUUGUUUGACACGCACGGAGACAUGAUGUUCGAGGGCGGUGCGAAGUCCGUGUUUGCGCCACUGUGUGGCAAAUCGCUGGAUCUGAUCUGGAUGUAUGAUCGGGGUCACACCGUGGUUGGCGUGGAGAUAGCAGAGCAGGCGGUCCAGGAACUGUUCUCUGAGAACAAGCUUGAUGUUCAAGUGCAGCAGGUAGAGGGAGUUGGGCCGCUGUACAAGAGCACGGACGGACGGCUGCAAGUGUAUGUCGGAGAUCUGUUUGAUUUGACCAAAGAUCGCUUGGGCGAGUUUGACCGGGUCUGGGAUUCCAAGUCCAUCGUGGCCAUCAACGUGGUGGAUCAGGAAAGGUACCGCGACCUGCUUCUGUCGUUUCUGAAGAAGGAUGGGCAGUAUUACCUCAUUACCAUUGACUAUGACCCCGUCGUCUGGCCAGGACCGCCACACAACAUCACGGAUCAGAGGGUCAGACAAUUGUACGGUGAAUACUGCAACAUUGAGGUGAUUCAAGAAUCUAACCUUACCGGCAUCAGCAAUCCGGACAACAAAGCAUCUGGUGGCCACGCCCCGCCAGCAGAACCGAAUUCUGUCGGUGCGGCAUUAAGAACAUCCUCGUAUCUUUAUGAGCGAUAUUAUAAAAUGGCGUUCAAGUGAGACAACUCAGUGCAUUGACCACUUUAUGUUCAUACUUAAGUGGAAUUAAAAAAACACACACACACAAUCAAGACUCGCACAAAUCGUAACUAUCACUGCUGAAUCAGUACGCAUGCGCAUGUAUUUUGAAUCUGCUCAUUUACCGGUGUGUAUUAAUAUUGUCCAGUGUACUGUUAAUAAAUUAAAGCCAUAACAGUUUAAAAACGUAUUAAAACGUAUUAAAAAUCCCCACAACUCAUUGCAUACCACAGUGUUAUUCGUCGCCAUGCAUGUACUUUUGUUUGUGUAUAAACUACGCUAAUUUCGGUUAUAAACUUUGCAAAUUCACAUGGCCUGCCAUGUGGUGAUUAUUUCGACUUUUGGCCAUUACAAAUUGAUCAUAUUUGUCGGAUGUGCCGCGUCUAACAAUCGUUAAUGAAAUAAAGAUAUUAUUAUGAUUUUAUUGUACUUAAAUGGUCCAUUUGCCCCGCAUCCAAAUUUUAUAAAUGCAGGGCUGUUUUUUAUUCGUUUCGUUAUGUUUAAGCUUUCAUAUUUCAUAGACUGUUCAUCUUUCGUUUGGAGUACCGGUAUUUAAUUAACUGAAUGCGGCUGGCAAAUCUGUUCAACAAAUAUGUAAACCAUAUAUUGUGUGCGCUUUGCACUAUUUUCUGAGUAAAUUAAAAAUGAAAUACACAUAUGUUUAUUUCACUCGCUGAUAAGGUUUGGGGUAAAAGUCCGUCGAACAGCUAAUCAAAUUGUUCUGACAUAAGUGCACUAGAGUCGGACCUGCUUCCUCCGUUGUUGACCGCCAGCCUGUCAAUGCAGAGUUUGUGAGUUAUCUCCCGCUACCUCCGUUGUUGACCGCCAGACUUCCAAUGUAGAGUUUGUGAGUUCUCUCCCGCUACCUCCGCUGUUGACCGCCAGACUGUCAAUGCAGAGUUUGUGAGUUCUCUCCCGCCCCUGUCAGCCAUUUUGGUCAAUGGUGUCUACGGCCAGUUUUGCUAACCGUCUGAUUCAAGAGUUAAGGGCAGUUUUCAGCUACCGACAAAUGCAUGUACAUUUAUUGCUGUGUAACCACUAAGGUAGGCUGAGACUGCGCAGGAGAGUGUAUGAGUACUGACAACCGCCGUUUUAUGACCGAAAUUUCGUUAUAUGUAGCGUAAAUACAGACACCAUGUUUCAAGCGACUUUAAUUUUGAUGUAUAAGAGUCGAUCGACCGUCUUCUUGGGACAGUAUUUGUAACGGAAGAUUUUUUUACGUUUCAGCAUCUUUGAUUCAUCGUUCAGCCUUGUGUAUUUUUUUUAAGUAAACUGGCAGGAUAGGUGCAUACUUCUUAGUGCCUGAGGACACAUAAAGUCGAAGUCAUGGUCAUCGGGAUCGAUAGGAUCAUUCUUUUCUAAAAUGCUCUGCGCUCGCUUCAAGACCAGAUAGAUCAAACAAUUAUCCUGGAGCAAGUUAUUUAUCAAACAAGUAAUUCAAGAAACAGAAUGACAACACGCAUUUUAGUGUGAUAUAAUAGUAUAGUUUUCAUUCAGUUUUUUCUAAGACAAGAAUAUUGCUUGAACACUAUUAAAUAAACAAAUCCUCCGA